GCUCCGAGCACCACCAUGCGGGACGAGGAGCCCCCCCUGCCGCCCCCCUCGCCCGGCGCCGCGCGCUCCGCGCCCUCGCGCCUCCGCCGCACUCUACACACGCUACGAACGCCGUUCCGGCCUGGUUCGCCCUUCCACAUCGGCUUGAUCAAGCGCACAGGCUCCUCCAAAUCCGUUGCCUCAGACGGUGAGAUCGGCCGCGACGAACGCACGAUGCGUAAGCGAAACAAGAAAAACCGUGACGCGGUCAGCGACGCGUCGCGUAGCACCGACAGCUCGCCCGGCGUCGACAAGAAGAAGAAGGAGGGGAGCACGUUUAUGCGCAGGAUGGGCAGUUUCGGCAAGAAGCGCGCAGGCGAGUCCCCACAACCACCCUCAGAAACUCAACCAUCUACCUCGGAAAAAUCGGAACCACCCGUAGAACACCCGCUUUCGCAACCCUCCGAGCCGGAGCAGCCAACCCCCGAACCAGUGCAGCCUACCCCUGAGCCAGUGCAGCCUACUCCUGAGCCCGUGCAGUCUACUCCUGAACCUGAGCAGCCCACCCCUGAGCCAGUGCAGUCUACCCCUGAACCUGUGAAGCCUACCCCCGAACCUGAGCAGCCUAAUCCCGAACCUGUAAGUCCUAUAGCGGUAGAGCACCCUGUUGCAAUCCGCCCUUUCAGUAAAGCCGCUUGGAAGCGCAACAGUGAGCCUGAAAUGGAGAAGCCUGUGGAGGACCCCAGCCCGGAGAGUGCACUGCGGCGGCGCAUUGCAUUCGUAGCGCAGGCGUCGGCGUACCUGUCGGAGGAGCACGAGGACGGGGAGAGGGGGGGCGCGGAGGUGGGGUCGCUGGAAGAGGCGGUGGCGCUAGCGCGCGUGCGGCUGGCCGUGCCCGCGCCGCCCUCGCCGGCACUGUCGCGCGACACCGACACGGAAGAGGAGGGGUACUCGGACGCCAUGCCCGCGUACGGAGACCUCAUCGAGCCCGACGGCAGCGCCGGCAGCGACGGCGCAGCGUCCCACGCAUCCCCGAGCGCUGAGCGUCGGGAACAUCUAUACAAGAUCCUGGUGAUAGGAGAACUGGGAACUGGGAAGACGUCCAUCAUCAAGCGAUAUGUGCACCAAUUCUUCAGCCAGCAUUACAGAGCAACCAUCGGUGUGGACUUCGCGUUGAAAGUAUUGAACUGGGACGCGAAUACUAUCAUUCGUUUGCAGCUAUGGGAUAUUGCGGGUCAAGAGCGCUUCGGCAACAUGACCCGCGUAUACUACAAGGAGGCUGUGGGAGCGUUCAUAGUGUUCGAUGUGUCCAGGGUUGCGACGUUCGAUGCCGUGGUCAAGUGGAAGAACGACCUCGACGCUAAGGUCCAGCUGCCCGAUGGAUCACCCAUACCUUGUAUAUUGCUGGCAAAUAAAUGCGACCAACAAAAGGAAGGCAUAGUGAACUCUCAAGCCAAAAUGGAGGAGUACUGUCGCGAAAAGGGCUUCGCUGGUUGGUUCGAGACGUCCGCCAAAGAAAACAUCAACAUUGAGGAGGCGGCCAGGUCACUAGUUAAUAAGAUCCUAUUAAACGACAAACUACUCCAGAGCAACGACAACAGGGAUGGUGACAAGUUCGCGCUUGACCACAAGAUCGCUAACGGCGAGAACAGUCGGGAUGGAACCACAAAGUCAUGCUCAUGCUGACCAUUCACCGACCGCCAUUCGUAAUGGCCCAAUCACAACGCGUCACACAAACGCUCUUCUACCCAAGGACCAAUCACGUUUGAAUCCAAAUUUUAAAAUAUGUUUUUAAAUUGCACUUUUGUUUUUAAAUUAGGAAUUAUGGGAAUUCGAUUUUGGAACAAUUCAGCUUAAAUUAUUAUAAUCUCAAUUUGUAAUUUAUCUAUGAUUCGUUGCUCGAUUACUGACUCUGCCUCGGACUUGUUCUUUGUAUAAUAAGAAUAAAUCUUUAAUUUUCUGUUCAAUCCUUUUAGGAUUUGUCUUCCUUCUUAGCUUUUUUACAAACUUACUAACUAUACUGUAACAAUAAGAUAUUAUUUCUGAACUAGGCCUCCAUGUCUCUGCAGUAAAGAGGUUGAUCAAAGUGCCUAUGAUCGAAUUUAUUUUGUUUAAGUAAUGUGUUUGACUCUGAAAGCUGUAUAGGGUCACGUGCCAUUUGGCUAAAGUCAUAAAUAUAUGGAAUAUUAUGAUAGUGUACUAUACGGUUAUUGUAAUAAGUAUUAUCUACUUAUUGUAUGCGAGUGUGAAAGUUGUUACUGUAAAAUAAAAUGUUUAGUGAUGGA